AGCAGCUUAGCUGACGUCUUGGCAUGAAUCAAGUGUGGGGCAGCUCCCUUGAAGCUCAAGCUCCCCCCAUCCGCAUGUCCCCGCCCACAUAAGCCAUCUCAACCACAACCCCAACUCCUUUGGAAAAGCAAAGCACGAUGCACUUCGCACACCACACACGCGUCCCCCUCAUCCAGCGACGGAACUUCUACCUCAUAAAUCUCAUGAAAGCCUGGCGAAUCCAUGUAUCGCCAAAGAAGAAAGUGGAAUGGCACUGGGAGUGGGAGGUACGGAAUGGACGGGUCACGAAGAAUCGGAUACGGAGAUGGGUUGACGGUGUUGAGGAGGAGAAACGGGAACUCUCGAGCAGCAGUAAGGUGGACACGAAGAGCAGCGAACAUGAUCAAAAGGUGGACGAUGAGGAAGGGGAAAUCGAUUUUAUCACUAUGAAGAAGAAGGUUCAGCCUCGAGAUACGGGUCCGAUGGUGAUCGUCGAUGAGAGGGGAUUCGAGAAGAUGGCACCGAAGGUCGGGAGUCAAUUGGGGGAUGCGUUCGAGAUGCCGCCCCCGCAGCCUCCGCAGUCACCAAAGACGGGGACAAAAGCGGAUGAUAACGUCGCCUUCGAGAUGCCGCCACCAAUAGUGCAGCCAGCGGAUAUCACCACCAAUACUACAAUCGCGAUGCCCCCUCCGGAGACGGGGCCUACUACCAAUCCCAGUGACGUGGAGGCUGCACCUGUGAAUCCAGAUGUCAUCGCAAAAGCAGAGCCGAUGCCGGGGCCGAAAAGGACGGAUACGAGCGGUCGUAACGACGCGUUUCAGGUGCCGCCUCCGCCGCGUGAACCCAUCCAGCCCAUAACCCACAGGAAGCCCCUCAAUCCUGACAUCGGCGUCCCGCAACCCCGUGGAACGAAGACCGGCCUCUCUGUACCGCCGACAAAAUUCACAUCCACCGAUGCCGCAGCAUGGACCUGGGAGCCCGUCAAUGACCCCACGGGCACUAAAGCUGUUGACGAGGCAUGGCAUUCUAACGAAAGCGUCACCUCCUCUAGACGCCCCACGCCCCCCACUCCCACCCCGCGUCUCGACCAAUCCACCCUCCCCAACGAAGACAUGGACCUCGAGUCCCUGCUCCCCCACCAUAUCCGUGCGUCGAUGUCCCGCCAUACACCAAGCACAUACCCUCCAGCCUCCUCUGCCGCCGAAACCAACACCUGGACCGAGUCCUUCGGCACGCCAUCCGAGCCCACCAGCUACACGACCUUAACACUCGAACCGCUCACCUUCACCGCGAGCACCCACGUGCCCCUCUCUCUCCUCCGCGAGCACACCUCGAGCUUUCUCUCGCUCCCCACCCCACCCCCCGAUGAGAAGGUCUCCUCCACAACACCCGACUCCGAACAGGAGGCGGAGUGGCUCGGCUUCGAUCCAACCCCGGCGACCACCGCAGAAUCAGUCUUCGUCUUCCUCCUGUACCCGUCAUCAUCGCGCCCGUCCUUUGCCCUCACCACAGUUCCCGCCUCCAUACCGACGCCUACGCACGAGCUCCAGCCAACCGAGGCCCUGGAUCUUCUUGUGCACUCGGGAUUGUUCCUCCCCUACCUCCGUGCGGCGAGGGAGGCGGGCGGGUUGCUGGUCCAUGCUAGUACCCAGGGCGCCACAUGGGCUGUGACGGAUCAGGGGAUGGGAUGGAGCGUUGUCCAUAAACUCGAAGCGCUGCCACGGCCGGGGUUUCGUUCGACAUCGGUAAUCCAGGAGGAGGUGGUGGUGAAGCGCGAGAGUCCUGAGUACAGUCGGAGCCAGAGUGACAACGGAAACCUUGCGAAGACAAAGGGGAGGCCUGAGAGAAGUCUAGCCAGGAGGAUGUUUUGGGCGGGUGUGUGGGCUUAAUUUUUGUUUGAAUGGGCAUGCAUACUGGUAUGUAAUGGAGUCUGUUGUCGCUAAAUUCUGUUAUCUCUCCUUUUGGUGGUUCUGUGGAUUUUCUGCGGCGUGAUGGCAUAAGAUUGGACUUUGAAUGCCGGUAUUCUUGAAUUGCUGAUCAACUCAGCCGUAUUUGGGCACAAAUAUCACGUAACAUUUUACUUUACUGCCAAUACGGAUUGCCAUACUGCAUCGCCUCGCCGCCCCGCGGGCCGCGUGUGAUAUUGAGCAACUGCAGCCUCCGCAGAGCUAUUUCAUUCUACGAAUUUUCACUGCCGUCGUCCCGUUCCACAUACAGG